AUGAGCGUCCAGGAAGCCUCUAUCCAUCGUCGUCGUUCUCGGCGUCUUUCUCCCGACAGUGCCCUGCCCGUGCCAUCGGGCAGCUCUCCCACCACCACCACCACCCGUGGCCGACGCCAUCCCGACACCCAAGAUCCUCUGCCCUCCGACACAGACAGCAUCCGCUGCCACAGCGGCGACAGCGACAUCCUCGCGGGCAGAACCAUGCCGUCGUCCGUGCCGUCGCUCUCCAGCGACGCCGCCUCCGUCUCGUCCUCGACAUCCAGCCUGUCGCUCGACACGGGGUGGGCAUCCGGCCUGGCAAACCACAUCCUCGAAGACGACGGCACCGGCGCCCUCGUCGUGCUCCCGACAGCCCUUCCUCCACCCGCACCAUCGCCCCCUCCACGCCCGCUCUCCAUCUCGUCCUCCCCCGCCGCCAUCGCAACCCAGUCCCACCCGCCGCAAACUCCCCGCCGGUACAUCUGUCUCUUCCCCGUCCUCGACUGCCACGACACCUUCGACGACGCCGACCAGUGGAAAACCCACGUGCUGAGCCACUUCCGCACGCAUGACCCGCCGGACACCGCGCGCUGCCCGCUGUGUCCGGACCUGUGCUUCGAGGACGACUCACCCGACUCGCCCGACGCCGGCCGCGCCUGGGACCGCAUGCUCGACCACGUCGACGCCGCGCACUACCGCCGCGGCCAGUCGCUCGCCGGCUGUCGCCCGGACUUUGCUCUGAUGCAGUACCUGUUCCGGCUGCGCAUCAUCUCCGUCGACCAGUUCAAGGGCAUGCAGAUGCCCCCGCCGCCGUCGAGCCCGGCAUACCACCGCUCGCAGGAGCCGCUGCGGAGGAAUAUUGGCUCAUCGGAUGAGCCGUAUUGCGCGCCGUAUAGUCGGCGACGGGAGGAGCGCAUGCGCGGGCAGCGGAGGGGGGUCAGUGUUGUCUAG